UAGUCUACCUGUCUUGUUAAGUUAGCUGAUGGUUUGUGACUGGAUUUGGUUUGAGCUUGUCCUGUGAGGUACAGCCAGAGAGUGUCGGGGAUGUACUGUUUAGGACCAGUGUCAGUUUUCACUGAAUUGUAACUUAAAGGGCUGUUUGCUGACUUUGCUCCAAUACACAGUGAAGGAUGGCGGUGUAGUUAAACUACAUUUCUCGGGGGAACCGGGGAGGUCGUAACGUCGCUGUUUUCCACAUCAAAUAUCUUUUCAGUACUGAAGCUAUUUUACUGAUCAAACAACGCAAUAGCAUACACAGAAGCUACAUUUUUCCAGGCAUUUCUAAAUCCUGAAGGAACAGGAAUGUCUGCGUCGGCCUGAAGCGGUAACCAUGGAGACAACAGAUGCUCCUCCAUGUGUUAAGUAUCCGUCCUGCUGCUGCAGCACGGUGACAGUGACAGAGGAGGGGAAGAGAAGUUCAAGAAUGAUUGCCGAACAGGCCAUGAAAGAGAGGCAGGUGACCAGAGAGGGAGAAGCACAGAUGAGGAGAGAGAGAGAGGAGGUGACAGAGGAGGUGCAACAGUUGAGCAAGAGAGAGGAGGAGGAGGUGACAGAGGAAGUCCAGGUGAUGGAGGAUCAUCAGGUGACCAAAGAGAGGGAGAGAGAGCACAGGGAAAGGCAGCACAGGAGGCACAAAUGACCAGAGGGACACAUAGUGAGGGCAGCAGUCAGGCAAAUGAGCAGGUAAGAAUGCAAGGACAAUUUAACCAUAAAUAGUGUUAUUUAUAUUUACAAUACAUUAAUUUAAUAGAUUUUUAUUUCAGAGACUGACAAGUCUUCCUGUCAUGUUCACCACAGGGACUUGAGCCCCAUGUUAGGGACCAGUUGAACACCGACAACAGGGACAGAGAAGGAUUUGAUGUUACAGACAUCAUGACCUGCACAAAGCCUGCGCAACCUGAUCCUAAGUUUAUUGUAGUGCAGAAGCGAGCUAAAUGUGUGUUGACUUUUCAGCAAAAGUGGUUCACAACUUUUCCUUGGUUGCAUUACAGUGCCACUUUACAAGGGGUCAUAUGUUUUCACUGUGCCAAAGUUUAUUUGAAUCAGUCAACAUUUGCAAGCAAGUGUGACCCUGCCUUUGUGAGCGUAGGCUUUAGAAAUGGGAAAAAGGCUAUCCAGAGGUUCUCAGAACAUGCUAAAUGUCAGUUGCAUAUCCAUGCCAUGAAUAUCUUUGCUCAAAAAGGGAGCACUGUUGCUUCACAGCUUUCUUCAGCUGUUGCCAGACAACAGGAGGAAGCAAGGAAUGGAUUGUCGAAGAUUGUAGGCUCCAUCAAAUACUUAGCUCGGCAAGGUUUAGCUCUGCGAGGUCAUGUGGAAGAGAAAGGUAAUCUAUCCCAGCAUCUUAAAGAAAAGGCAGAAGAUGACCCUGCUUUUCAAAAGUGGUUAGAGACACACAAGCAGGAUUACACAAGUCCUCUCAUUCAGAAUGAAAUACUAGGCAUACUGAGCAAUGACAUUGUAAGAGGAAUAGCUGACACUAUUCGAUGCCUCCCAGUCACACAGUUUGCCUUGAUAGUUGAUGGGACACAAGACAUAUCAGGUCGAGAGCAAGAAUCUGUAUGUCUUCGUUAUGUGGAUCAUGACUUAUAUCCUCAUGAGGAAUUUAUUGGGAUGUAUUCAGUGACCGAAACAACAGGAGAGUGUCUUGCAAAAGUAGAAUUAGAUGUACUUUGCAGACUAAAUUUGCCAUUGUCAGCACUGCGUGGGCAGACAUACAAUGGUGCAGCAAACAUGUCUGGCAAAUAUUCUGGUACACAGGCUCUUAUUAGGGAGAAACAACCACUAGCUUUGUACGCACACUGUGGAGCACACUGUGUGAAUUUGGUAGCACAAAAAGCAUGCGCAGCUUCUACAGUUGUACGAGAUGCGCUUGACUGGGUUCAUCAGUUAGGAGUUUUGUGUGGACAGUCUGGCAAAUUCAAACAGAUGUUUCAUCAGAUCGCAAAAUCUGACCAUGGAACCCCAAGCACCCUGAAACCACUGUGUGAAACAAGGUGGACUGUAAGACACGAUGCCAUCCGUUCAGUUUUAACACAGUAUGACUCUGUCCUCACUGCCUUAGAGGAAAUGGCAGGGACUGACUCUCCCACUGCAGCCACUGCAAAUGGUCUGUUUCAGCAGUUUAUGAGAGGCAGUACUGUACUUGGUCUUGUGAUGGCACAAGCAGUUAUUGGUGAGCUGGAGUGUCUCAACAGUUCUCUUCAGAGAAGGACACAGACUGUUUCUGGUAUGCAGGCUGCUGUUUGUAAGGUUCAGUCUACUCUCAAUGGCAAGAGAAGUGAUGAGGCCUUCCAAAGCCUUUUUGAGGAGGCAUCUCCAGUUGUGAACUCUUUAGACUUAGAACCUAUAACAAUGCCAAGAGUUCGACAACCACCCAAGCGCUAUAGUGGAGAAUCAAGUGGUUUCGGUCCUAAAACUCCUGCAGAAUUCUACAGAGUUGAGUUUUAUAAGGUACUUGACACCAUUCACACACAGUUCACAGAACGUUUCCAGCAGGGUGGGCUUUCUAUCCUGCAAAAGCUGGAGAACACCUUGCUGUCAGGAAAUGUUGACCCUGUGAUUCACAACUAUCCAGAAAUUAAUGCCCAGUUGCUGGAAAUCCAGGUGCCUAUGUUCAAACACAAUUACACAUACAAUUCCUGUGGAGAGGCUACAAGCAUUCUCAAAGGUUUGCCAUGUGAGGUGCGAGGCUUAUUUACUGAAGUUGAAACUCUGGUCAGGUUACUCCUUGUGGUACCAGUCUCAUCCUCAGAGGCAGAGAGGAGCUUUAGUGCUCUUAGACGAUUAAAGACUUGGUUACGCACAACUAUGACGCAGCAGAGGCUGAACCAUGUUGCAGUGUGUCACAUCCAUCAGGACAAAUUGGACCUCUUAACUAAGAAGUCAGUGUGUGCCCAGUUCGUUUCUUUUACACCGAGACGCAAACAGGUAUUUGGUGCUUUUAUCUGAAUUGCCCAACAUUAUCUAU